AUGGAGAGGGCUUCAGACUCUCCUUCUCUCGGGGACAACCUCACGCGUGGAAAGGAAGGGGACGGCCUACGCGGUGCGCUGACAGGUUGCUCCCAGGCGGUGCCCGCGAUGGCUCUGGCUGGCGGCAGCGGGCAAGGGAGGAGGCGCGCCGCGCCUUUGCCCCCCCCAGUCACGGGCUGGCAGCCGGAGCGGGGGGAAGGAGCCCUUGGAGCGGUAACCGCCGGCCGAAGGCAGCGGGAGAGGGAAGGGGCAGGGCGGGACAGAGGUGCGGUCACUGGCGCAGUGUUCUCCCCGGGUCUCGGAGCAUCGUCCGUGGCCGUAUUUAUUCCCGUUUUCUGGAAGCCAAGGAAAGGUCGUUCCUGUUUCAAGGUCACGCGGUGGCUAGUGCCGAACAGGUCUCUCCGGUCCGAAUUCAUUCUGAAGUCCGUCAUUCCCUAUAAAGCAAACAAGCGGAGAUUGUUUGAUAUGAGUGAUCUUUUGCAGAACUUGGGAGUUAACUGCUGGAAAAGUUCAUGGCUCUUACAUGGCGUCACGGUAAAACACCUGAAGCAGCUACAGGCAGCAAGAGCCUUCCCGUACGGCCACUACCGCUGCACGCGAUGGAACGCCGUUCCUGUUUUGGUAAUAUAUCCUCCACAUUCAAAACUCACAGAUAAAGAGAAAACCAAUAUUUGCUAUUUGUCUUUUCCAGAUUCUAAUUCAGGUUGUCUUGGGGACACACAAUUCUGUUUUAGAUUUCGACGCUCUCCUGGAAGGAAAGUCUCAUUGUGUUGUUUUCUGGACCAAUUGGAUAGAGAUCUACCAGUUUGCUUAAAGAAAGAUCCAGCAUAUUACUAUGGCUAUGUAUAUUUCAGACAAGUUCGAGACAAAUCGUUAAAAAGAGGCUAUUUCCAGAAGUCGCUGGUCCUCAUCAGCAAGCUACCUUAUGUCCAUCUCUUUCGCACCAUGCUGAAGCAAAUAGCACCAGAAUAUUUUGAAAAAAGUGAAGCUUUCCUGGAAGCAGUUUGUAGUGAUGUUGAUCGUUGGCCACCACCGAUUCCAGGGAAAAUACUGCAUUUGCCUAUUAUGGGCGUUAUAAUGAAGUUGCGGAUUCCAACAUAUCGUGACAAGCCUGGAACAACGCCAAUAGUACAGAAUAUGCACCAGGCAGAUGUUCAGAUCUCCAUGGCUUUACCGACUGUUCAUGAAGUAGAUCUUUUCAGGUGUUUCUGUCCAGUGUUCUUUCACAUUCAGAUGCUUUGGGAACUAGUACUGCUAGGAGAACCACUGGUCGUGAUGGCACCAUCACCAUCAGAAUCUUCAGAAACCGUGUUGGCACUUGUUAGUUGUAUUUCACCGUUGAAGUACUGCAGCGAUUUCAGGCCAUACUUUACCAUACAUGACAGUGAAUUCAAAGAAUAUACAACUCGCACGCAAGCCCCACCAUCUGUCAUUCUAGGGGUGACGAAUCCUUUUUUUGCUAAAACGCUUCAGCACUGGCCUCACAUCAUCCGAAUUGGAGAUAUUAAACUUCCAGGUGAAGUUCCAAAGCAGGUGAAAGUGAAAAAACUGAAGAACCUAAAAACUUUGGACUCCAAACCUGGUGUUUAUACCUCUUACAAGCCAUACUUGAACAAAGAUGAAGAAAUUGUUAAACAGUUACAAAAGGGUGUACAACAGAAACGUCCUACAGAAGCACAGAGUGUGAUUCUUCGGCGGUAUUUUUUGGAACUGACGGAAAGUUUCAUUAUUCCAUUAGAACGUUACGUGGCAAGCCUAAUGCCCUUGCAAAAAUGCAUAUCACCAUGGAAGAGUCCACCACAGCUGAGGCAGUUUAGCCAAGAUGAGUUCAUGAAGACACUGGAAAAAGCAGGACCACAGCUCACAUCAGGUUUAAAAGGAGACUGGAUAGGACUUUACAGGCAUUUUUUGAAAUCACCCAACUUCGAUGGUUGGUUUAGGAGCCGGCAGAAGGAAAUGAUACAGAAGUUGGAGGCCCUUCAUUUAGAAGCACUCUGUAAUGAGAACUUGGUUUUCUGGAGUCAGAAGCAUACUGAAGUAGAGACAGUGGAUCUUGUCUUAAAGUUAAAGAAUAAACUGUUGCAGGCUGACAGAGAACAGCUUCCUGUGAAAACUGACACACUGAAAAAGCUGCAGACACACAUCAAUGAUAUUAUACUAGCACUUCCAGAUGACUUACAGGACAUCUUGCUCAAAACUGGCACAACAUGA